UUUCUGAUUGGCCAGCGAGGUGAUGAUCUGUCAUGUGACUGUGGUGUGUUCUUUCUGCAGUCAGUAUUCCAGCUGCUAGAACUGUGUGCGGGUGAUGGGGGACACUGGAGCCAUGGAGCGCUGUGCGUUUCCUGCCGCCGUGUUGCUGCUGAGCCUAGUGCUUAUGGGAGCCACGGCUUUUGAAGUGGAAAUAAAAGAUGACAAAAAUGCAACGUGUAUAUAUGCAAAGCUCUCUGUGAAUAUAACUGUACAGUAUGAAACCAAUACCAGUAGCUCGAAAAACAUUACCUUUCCUGUGCCCAGUGACGUAACAACAAAUGGAAGUAGUUGCGGUUCAGAUGGCAAGGCCCCAUUACUAGUCAUUAACUUUGGGAACAGUCAAUCCUGGAGCUUAAACUUCACCAGAAACAACAGCACAUACAGUGGGAGCGCCCUCAUCUUUACUUACAACACAAAUGACACCAUUUUAUUUCCAGAUGCUCUCAGGAAAGGGUUGAUUAGCUCUACUGCAAUGUUCCUGGGUCCUGUCCCUCUGAACUCAACCUAUAAAUGUAUUAGCAGGGAAGUUGUUGUCAGUGAGAACGUAACACAGAUUAUCUAUGAUGUCAAACUUGAGGCGUUCAUGGCAAAUGGAACACUUGGUAAAGAGAUCAUUUGCGAUGCUGAUAAACCAUCUCCAGUGCCAUCUCCCACACAACCCUCCACAACAGCCAGCACUGCUAUACCUGCUCCCACUUCCAAACCUCUGGAUAAACCCACCAUGGGCAACUAUACAGUAUCAGAUGCUAGUGGGAUAUGCUUGCUUGCUUCCAUGGGUCUCCAGAUUAAUACAUCUUUGCUUUCGGAAGGCAAGAACAUCUGGAGACCAUUUAACAUAGACCCCCUGGGCAUAAAGACUAAUGGAACCUGCACCAAUCAGACUGGCACUUUGAUUCUCACAGAAAACAGGACUAUAAUAGAAUUUACAUUUGCUCUUAAGAACAAGAACCAUUUCUACCUAGAGGAAGUGAAUAUCACCCUAAUAAAUGGCUCAGCGUUUUCUUCCAGACAAAAUCAAAAUCUGAGUACUUGGGAAGCUUCUGUCGAUAGUUCCUACAUGUGCCACAAGGAGCAGCAAAUUAAAGUUUCAGAAGAUCUGUUCAUUAAUGCUUUUGACGUCAGAGUCCAGCCUUUCGGUGUAAAUAAUGGAACUUUUGCUACAGCUGAAGAAUGCUUUGCUGACUCUGACUUGAGCUUUCUCAUUCCCAUCGCAGUUGGGGCUGUGCUUGUCUUUCUUAUAAUCCUCGUCCUUGUCUCCUAUUUAAUUGGAAGGAGAAAAAGUCGCACAGGCUAUGAGUCUGUAUAAUGUCUACUCUCUUUUGCUUUCAUUCUUACUGAGUAAUUGUAUUCUUGUACAAUGCUGCAAGCUCUACGCAUAGCAGAGUAUAAACUCCUAAGAAUCGGGCUGAACCCCAGCUGGCACAAGAGACCCUGAAUAGAAUCUCUCACCUUUUCUGAUCUAAACUUUCACAUGAUUGACUUUUUUUCUGCCGCAUUUAUUUGGUAUAUAGCAAAAACUACAUUGGGGGAGACAUUUAAGCAGUGGCUGGGUGUCAGUGACAGAUUGGAGAGUUGUCUAGACUUUGCAAGACUUUUGGAUCUUAGCACUGAUAGCUUUGGCUGUUGCACACUAGUUCGUGUUGCCCAUAGACACCAGUUAUUAGACGCUCUACUUCUGGUUGCUAAGGGUUGCUAGUCCUAUUAUUACAUUACCCCUAGUGCAUCCAUUUUCCAAUAGGGAUGGCAUCACAUGGCUAAAAUGAAUAUAAAUUAUAAUAUAUUUACUGGUAUUUAAGUGGUAAAACCUAUUUGUAUUACUUUAGUACCCUGAACUGAGCAUAACUCCCAAAAUAUUUCUGGAGUAUAGCAACUAAUCUGGUGUUUGCUUUUAAAUAAGUAACCAAUAAAUUCUAUUUACUGAUUGGUUGCUGGGGCAAACUUUGUCACAUUUAUCACAUCAACCCCACAGUAGUUAUGUGUUUAUCAGCUUAAAACCCAUAGGUUCAGGUCUAUAAUGUGAUUCAAUAGCACCUUCCCAUACCCCACUGCAAGGUGGCAUCAUCACUAAUGCCCCUCCUCCCCCAGUGAUGUUUGUUUUCACCCUGCCCCUCCAGCGAUGUUUCCAUACACCACCCUUUUUUUUCUUUUAUUCCUGUCAUUUGAGUAGAUGGGUAGGCUUUAUAACAAACCAGAACUAUUGUGCUGGGAAUUUUGCCAUAAAAGCCUCAGUGGUAAUCUGAGGGCUUUUUCAGGAUUCAGUAUCCUAAAAGGUUUUAACCAAUGAAUCUAACCCGCUGAUGUGUCAGUUAUGUAAAGUGCCUUGCAAACGUCUUCAUAAGCAAGAAAGAUAAUAGGGCUAAAAUACGACCACAAGUGCAAAGUGUGUCAAGCGCAGUUUGCCAUUUUAUUCAUAAUGCAAUUUCCCCAAAAAUUUCCGCAUAAUUGCAUCCAAUGCAUUUCAACACG